AUGGUUGGAUCCAAAACACGAUCACAACCGCACAGUGAGCAGGAGGAAUUACCUUAUUCGGAGGUGUUUGAGAGGGCGAGGAAAGAGAGGCGCGAGACACAGGCUGCAAGGGAGAGAAGAGCAGCGGACAAAGAGGAGGCAGAGGAGUUCGGAAUACGGAGUGAGAGGGAGAGGGAGAGAGGGGGUGAGAGGGAAAGUGAGAGAGGGAGUGAGCGAGGGAGUGAGAGAGGGAGUGAGAGAGGAUCUGAAGUGAGCGGGGAUGAGAGGCAUGGGAUUAAAGAGAGUGUGGAGCAAAGGAGGAGCUUGGAUGGGCGAGUGAGUGGGAGCAGUGCAAUGACUAGCGUAGGAAGGGAGAGUGAAGCCAGUGAGGGUGUAGGGUUACCAGCAGGAAGGGAUACAGGGGGCAUUGGAGCAGCAGCAAAAGCAGUUGUGGGUGUAGCAGCAACAAGAAGGGAGCUUCUGACAUGUGAGAGCAGUGGGGAAGCAGCGAGGCUGCAGCAGAGGAUGGUGCGGGAGAUGGCUGUUAGGCGAUUAGCAGGAAGAGGAGGAAGCGGAGGAGGCAGGAUUGACACAGGGGAGCAGGGAGGGGCGGCCAGGUCCGGUUCGGACCCUUCCGAACCUCUGCAAGAGGCCAGGGAGAGCUUGGGAGAUGGGACAGCUGGGGAGGGGCGAGAGAAGGGAGGAGGGCAAGAGGGAGAGGAGGAGAGGGAGAAGGGGUAUGAGGAGGAGAGGGGAGAUGCGGAGAAGGGGAGGGAUGAAGGGUGGCAGGUGGGAGAACCGGUGAAGAUGCACAGAGGUGUGGCAGUGCUGCUGCACACCGCUGCUGGGCGGGUUUUUCCUGGUGCUGAUGCUGCCCUGAUUUCUAAUGCUGCAUGUUUGCAUGCCGUUGGUUCUGCAGCAGCAGAACCACGCACCAGCAGCAUAGGCCUGCACGCCGAUGGUUGUUCUGCACCGGCCUCGAGGGCUGCAGGGCUGUACACUGGUGCUGACUCUGUGCCUAGCUCUACAGUGCUGCACAGGAGUGUGAGUGUUGGGGCGGUGGAGUGGGGGCGAGGGAGUGAGGGAGCCGCCAGGGGGCUGAAGCAGAUUAGUGAGUGGCUGGAGCGGCAGGAGGAGGAGGGGGUGGGUGGAGUGGGCGUAAUGGUUGGUGCAGUGAGUGGGGUGAAUGGGGUGAAUGGCAUGAAUGGCGUGAAUGGGUUGAAUGGGGUGCAAGGGAUGCUGGGGAGCGUGACUAAGCCUGUCAGUUCGGCCGCACAGUCUCAAGCCCGUGUGGUUCGAAUCAGCCCAGGUAUUCAGGAGCUCACUUCCAGCUCCCUUCCAUCCUCUCACAGCGUGGUUCGAAUUGCCCCAGCUCUUCAGGAGCCCUCACAGCGGCACUUUUGGAGGAACCUGCCUCUCGCCCUGCCCACAGCCCCUGCUGCAGCAUCAGCAGAAGCAGGAGGGGGAGCAGGAGGAGGAGCAGCAGGAGGAGGAGCAGGAGGAGGAGCAGCAGGAGGAGGAGCAAGUGGAGCAGAAGCAGUAGUGCUCCUCUCACAGGACUCUGAUACAGCAUCUGCAUCCUCAUCAGCAGCAGCAGCAGCAGGAGCAGCAGGAGCAGCACCACCACCACCCACAACAGCUGCACCACCACCACCAGCAAUCCCACCCAUAUCAGUAGCAACCACAGCAUUGCUCCCUCUGAAGCUAUCCCAUCCCUUUCAAAGGACGCUCUCGGGCAGCCGAAUGCUUCCGGGCAGGCCGUCGGGCAGCUGGGAAACUAUAUCGCUGGGCGGGGACUUGGAGGAUGGUGGGGCUGGGCAGAUGGUUGGUGGGCAGCUGAGCAGAGUGCGAGUGAGCGAGUAUCAGAUGCUGCAAGCCCACAAGGCAUCCCCAUGGCGCAUGUGCUGCGGCCUUCCCUCCGUGCUGCCGUGA